CGCGGGUACACAGAGAGAAACGGCUCCCGUCGGAGGCUGAGUCGUCGCCCCGGUCGCCCCCUCGGCGUUCUCACAGGCCGGGAGCGGACGGGCCGCGUCGCCGCGGAGCUGGUCACGGGCGGAGAGCUGCCGGCGCCAUGAGUCAGAGGCAGGUGUUGCAAGUGUUCGAGCAGUACCAGAAAGCCCGGACCCAGUUCGUGCAGAUGGUGGCGGAGCUGGCGACCAGACCCCAAAACAUCGAGACGCUACAGAACGCGGGUGUGAUGUCUUUGCUGAGGCCUCUUCUUCUGGAUGUGGUCCCAACAAUUCAACAGACUGCUGCGUUGGCUCUUGGGAGACUGGCUAAUUAUAAUGAUGACCUAGCAGAAGCGGUGGUGAAGGGUGACAUUCUUCCACAGCUUGUUUAUUCUCUGGCAGAACAGAAUCGUUUUUACAAGAAAGCAGCUGCCUUUGUGUUACGAGCAGUUGGCAAACAUUCUCCUCAACUAGCUCAGGCAAUAGUUGAUUGUGGAGCCCUGGAUACGCUGGUGAUAUGCUUGGAAGAUUUUGACCCUGGAGUCAAGGAGGCGGCAGCUUGGGCACUUGGAUAUAUUGCAAGACAUAAUGCAGAACUGUCACAAGCUGUGGUGGAUGCGGGAGCUGCCCCUCUUUUAGUACUCUGUAUCCAGGAGCCAGAAAUUGCUUUGAAAAGGAUUGCUGCUUCGGCCCUCAGUGAUAUUUCAAAGCAUUCUCCGGAGUUAGCACAGACCGUAGUGGACGCAGGCGCUAUUGCUCACUUAGCCCAGAUGAUCCUGAACCCUGAUUCUAAAUUAAAGCGUCAGGUCCUUUCAGCUCUUAGUCAGAUUGCAAAACAUUCCGUGGAUCUGGCAGAAAUGGUGGUGGAAGCAGAGAUUUUUCCAGUUGUACUUACCUGUCUGAAGGACAAAGAUGAAUACGUGAAGAAAAAUGCUUCUACUUUAAUUAGAGAGAUUGCGAAACACACGCCUGAGCUUUCGCAGUUGAUCGUUAACGCCGGAGGAGUGGCUGCCAUGAUUGAUUGUAUCGGGUCCUGCAAAGGAAACAUAAGGCUGCCCGGCAUCAUGAUGCUUGGUUAUGUAGCGGCUCAUUCUGAGAACCUGGCAAUGGCAGUGAUCAUUUCCAAGGGUGUGCCCCAGUUGUCAAUCUGCUUGUCAGAAGAACCAGAAGAUCAUAUUAAGGCUGCUGCUGCUUGGGCCAUAGGACAGAUUGGGAGACACACUCCAGAGCACGCCCGGGCUGUUGCAGUCACAAACACCUUGCCAGUUCUGCUUUCGUUGUACAUGUCAACAGAAAGUUCCGAGGAUCUUCAAGUAAAAAGUAAAAAAGCCAUAAAGAAUAUCCUACAAAAAUGCACCUAUUUACCAGCCCUGGAGCCGUUUCUGUAUGAUGCACCUCCCAAUAUUCUGAAGCAUGUGGUUGGACAGUUCAGUAAGGUACUGCCACAUGACAGCAAAGCUCGACGACUUUUUGUAACAAGUGGUGGACUUAAAAAGGUUCAAGAGAUAAAAGCAGAGCCUGGAUCUCUCCUUCAAGAAUACAUCAAUAGUAUUAACAACUGUUACCCAGAGGAAAUAGUAAGGUAUUAUUCCCCUGGAUAUUCAGAUACGCUUCUGCAGAGAGUGGACAGCUAUCAACCACUUACUAAAUAAGCAAAGUUCUGUUUUUAUACUCGAAUUCACAAUGGAGUAGUUAUGAAUGACAGUUGUUAAAGCUCUUUCUAAAUAUUUGAACUAAGUACAUUCUAGAUUAAUUCAGUGUGAAAUACAUUUGGAUAAUAUUUUCUAAAUUUAUGUAAUACUUAAAAAAAUUAGUGGCCUGGACAGAUGAGGAACUACUGGUCAUCUGCAUAGG